AUGAUGACAAUCAAAAUGGACGAUAGCAACCGUAUCGGUGACAGCGGUCACAUGAGAAUAGAGAGAAAGCUUAGACUUGAUCAAUCACAACAAGGAAUACGAAAGCACUCUCAAUAUCAACAACAGUAUCCAACACAUUUACGACAAAAUUUGAAAAAAAUGAAUCCGAUAUUAGCAAGUAAUCCUGGAGCAAAAUUUAAAAACAUUCCAGUGAACAAUCUUAAUGGUACUACAGGUGCAUUGGUAACAAUUCAAUUGCAGCAAUAUAGCAAUCCUAAUCUUGCAUUACCUAAUAACUAUACCUGUGCUUGUCCAUCAGGUAUACAAUGUCCAUAUCUUCAAGAGGGUUCUACAACAUGCUUCUUCUCAUUUACAAUUAUUAUGUCAGCAUCAAACCAAUCAACACAAAUAAUUGAAAAUCCAUUUACAAUGGUACCAAAAUCUCCCAUUAAUUCUGGUAUUUGGACAAAUGAUGACAUUGUAAAAAUGACAGUGAAACCGAAUACAAUUGACAUUAUUAUUCAUCAUCUUGGCGUAGUAAUCAAUCAAGCAACUGGAAAUUUGGAAUAUUUUAAUCAUUUAAUCCCAAUUGAUACAUUUGUUAUUUCAUUAGAUAAUUAUCAUGCAACACCAUAUGGUACCAUACCGAAUAUCAUACAACAAACAAUUAUU